GGAGCGGGAACGAGAAUGCUGACUGAAGAUGGACGUUCCUGAAUACCUGGAUCUGGAUGAGAUUGACUUCACUGAUGAUUUACCUUACAAGAGCAUUCCCGAGCUCUGCCGGAGACACGAUGCAGCGAACGACGAGAGACAAGCUCCGUCCAUCAACUGGGCUCGCAGCGCGGCGUCCGGCGGAGCGGCAAUCAAACCCACCGGCAUCGCUGAUGUCUACAGCAAGUUCCGUCCGGUCAAGCGCGUGUCUCCGCUCAAACACCAGCCGCAGGAGUCGGAUCCGGAGACCGAGGGCCAGAGCAAGAGCAGAGGCCUGCCGCUGUUCGGAGAGCUGGAGCACUACGACCUGGACAUGGACGAGAUCCUGGACGUGCCGUACAUCAAGUCCGAGAAGAGGAGCGCCGCGGCUAGAGCGCUAAAGCCCGACCUCAGGCAGCCCAAGCCAGCGGAUCAGGACCGUCUCAGGGCUCAGAGCGCUCACGGAUCAGAGCUGGACGCUCUUCUGUCCGACAAAGCCGACGGCGGCCCGAGUGCCUCCCCUCUUCAGCCGGCCACAGGCCCGAGGCAGGACAAGCCCUGGAGAACGCUUGGAGAAGCCGACGAGGAAAACAAGAAGACGCAGAACAUCCUGAACAUCGUGAGAGAAGGACAGAUCUCUCUGCUGCCUCACCUGGCGGCGGAGAACCUGGAGCGCAUCCGAGACGAGGACGGGAACAACCUGCUGCAUGUGUCUGCAGCUCAGGGUCACGCCGACUGCCUGCAGCACCUCACCUCGUUAAUGGGCGAGGACUGUCUAAACGAGCGCAACACACAGCAGCUGACGCCCGCAGGCCUCGCCGUCAGGGUACCACACACUCAGUGUGUGUGUGUGUGUGUGUGUGUGUGUGUGUGUGUGUGUGUGUGUGUGUGCACUCGUGAGCAUCCCAGCCUCAUCCACUACGCCGCGAGACACGGACAGGAGCGGGUGCUGCUGUGGCUGCUGCAGUUCAUGCAGGAACAGGCCAUUUCUCUGGACGAGGCGGAUCAGAACGGGAACACGGCGGUGCAUGUGGCGGCUCAGUGCGGACAUCUCAGCUGCGUUCAGCAGGGCGAGCGUCCGUCCCAGAAUGCCGAGCGGCAGGGUCACAGCACCUGCUCCAGGUAUCUGGUGGUGGUGGAGACCUGCAUGUCUCUGGCCUCGCAGGUGGUCAAACUCACCAAACAGCUGCACGAACAAACGACGGCGCGAGUCGCUCUACAGAACCAGCUUCAUCUGCUGCUGCAGACACACGAGCUCAGCUCUCAUGUGGAGUCGUGGCCUGAGAUGAUGCUGACGGCCGAAGCGGCUCCUGAUGACGGUCAGUGGACGCUGAAGCAGAGACACAUGGACUCAGAUGCUGUCCUGAGCAAGCUGGCGGACGGAGAGGCGGAGCCAGGGGCGGGGCCUGGAGCCGGACCAAUGAGGCGGCUGGGGCCGGGCGAGAGGCGGGAACUCAAGCUGGCGCAUCUCAAGCAGAUCAUGCAGCGUUCGCUCAGCGAAUCGGACGCGGAAGAGUCCAAACCGUCCCGACCCGAGCGGCCCACGCAGCUGUCCAUCGCAGAGCCCGACGAAAACAAGCACAAGUUCUCCUUAACGCACAGAACUCCCAAAUCCGUGGACGUUUGCAACCCGUCUCCGUCGUCAGACCACAGCGACUCAGAAACCAAACCCGAAGAGCUUCCCGACGGCCAGAAGGUCACCACGAGUCCCAAAAGCGCCCUCAAGUCGCCGUCCUCUCGCAGGAAAACCUCGCAGAACCUCAAACUGAGAGUCACGUUUGACGAGCCGCCGCGGAAAGACGGACCAGCGCCGGACGCCAAAGUCCAACCCAGCAAACGAGCGUUUGGGACGUUUCGCUCCAUAAUGGAAACCCUGAGCGGAAACCAGAACAGCAACAACAACAACGCUCAGAGCGCCGCCAAACACGCCGGGAAGAAGAGCGAAUCCAAGAGCAGAAGCAAGGCGAGCGCUGUUUAAAACUAACCGAUCCAAAUCCAGACUCUUUAGAAACCAGGUGCAUCUUUUCCACACUAUUUGCUGUGCACAUAAGAACACGCUUUCAUGUGCGUUUUGAAAUUGUAACUUUGCAAUACUGUGAUUUUGUACAGACUCAAUAAUCAAAAACAAGCAGCCAUACAGUGAACAAACGAGCGAACAAAUCGUCUUCUUCAUUAAAUGAUUCGGUGGAUCCAACGCUGCACCUUCAGUUUCUGAUUGAUUUCAAAACUCUGAUACGUUUUAUAUGUAAUCUGUAUUGUUUUGAGUUAUUAAAGUGUGGAUUUAUAAUUUAACUAUUAUGUUUGAAUGCAAGAAACACUAUAUUAUUGGAAUCAUUGUAACGACAUUUGGCGAUUGAAAUAAAGACGUUUUCAACUGAGCUAAUU